AUGCUCUCCACAGUGCGCAACAAUGCUGUGCGUCGCAACUUCGGCCUAGGCCAGGCGCCAUGUUUAUCAUCCAUAAUCACAACAACCGCCACAUCCCGAAGUGCCGUUUGCCUAUCGACCAACCCCUGCGCACAACAAUGGCACACACGAAGGGCAUACCGGACAACACAGGCUCUCGAAGCCAGGGGGAAGUCUGCGGCUGGCCAGAUGAUGAUUGAAGCCAUGGGAAUUCUCCAAGCAGCCGGCAAAGUCACAACUGAAGAAACCGCGACACCGAAAAAGGCACGGGGGCGGCCAAAGAAGGUGGUUUCUGAAGCUACUGAGGAUGAAAAAGAGCCCAAACAACGGGGGCGGACCAAGGAGAAGGUGGAGGUUCCGGAAACUACUGCCGAGGAUGUAAAAGCCGAGGAUGGAAAAGAGAUUGAAGAGAAGCCCAAGAAAAAAAAGCCACGGCUGAGCAAGUAUGAUCCCAAAAAUCCAAAUGGGGUCGCAUUCGCGAAGCCAGCAAGAAGGAGGCCAACAACAGAAGAAGACGAAGCAGCGAAGAAAACAACGACCAAGAAGAAGAAGACGUCAUUAAAACCAGCCAAGAUCUCGAGAAGCGAUGAACAAAGCAUGCUGCGACCUUGUGUUGACCCCGUGCAAGAACAACUAUUCGACACAGAGCUUUGGAGCUGGCUCGAUUAUGGGCGCUCCUCCUCCAGGGGGCAGUCGCUUCCACACCUCAGGAAAUACGACCGAACCCGAGUCCAUGUUACCAGCGAGAAGAUGGUGGACGAUAUCCUCGAGUACAUAAAGCCCACCUUGAAGCGCCACGAGGGCUGCGACCUCAUCGAUCUAAACCCUGGAGCGGGCGUCUGGAGCACCAAGCUGAACGACCUGCUCAAGCCUCGCACGCACCUGCUGCUCGAACCGGACGCCGACUUAUACAAACCCAUGCUUGAACCGCUGCUCGAGCGAGAUGGUACCAAACUGAUCGCCAAGGACGGUGUCAUCUGGGCAGAGCUGUUAUCGGUGCUCACGCCCGAGUACCUGCCGCACCAGAAAGAGCACCAAUACACCGCCGACGACGUGCCCGAGCGCAACGACACCCUCCUGGUCACCGCCAACCUCGGCUCCUACCCCAAGAGAAAAUACGCAAGCUUCGCGAGCGCCACGGCCAUGAUCCUGUACCAGUUCAACCACGCCAUCCGCAGCGGCGCUCUCUUCCAGAAAUACGGUCUAGUCCGCAUGCUCCUCUGGCUCGACGACGAGGACAAGGCCGCCAUUCUCCCGAAAAUGGCUCAGCGCCGCCGCCGCGUGGCCGUCGACGCCGAGCUCAACUGCGAAUCCAUCACCCACGUGGCCGGGCCCGACUACUCGGACAUCGACCCGUCGAAGCGUCUCUGGUUCAUGCGCGACGUGAACAUUGACCGCAGCAGCGCGCUGGAAACGCUCCAACGCAUGCGCGCGGCCGGGAUCAAGACGCCUCCCGGGCGGGAAACCUGGCUGCUGCGCGAGAUCUCGGAAAACCCCGACGAGGUGGUCGCCGCCGGCGAGGCUCCCCUCACGUACGACUUCCGGCACCAGGACGAGCUCGACAAGCUCGAGCGGGACUUUGAGAAAGGCAAGAUGGAGGUGGGCUCCGACGAGCACAAGCUGAUGGUGCGCAUGCGCAUCCAGAUCGGCUCCGCCAACCGGCGGUUCCAGAUCAACCACAAGGAGAUGGAGGCCUUCACGCAGCUCGUGGAGGACUGGCGCGCCGCCAAGGCCGCGGGCGGCGACAACGAAAAGGUCCUGGCCGAGAUCAUGAGCCGCUACAAGGCCUGGGAAAAGAACUUUCUCAACAUGGGCACGACCGCCAACGGCGACUGGUUCGUCCAGCGCGACAACCAGCACCUGUGGAACCAGAAGUCCAUGCUCUGGGACCGCCGCGCCGUCGAGCCGCUCGUCGUCAACAAGGACGAGUUCUUCCCGCACGUCCCGCUCUCCCUGCUCGACAUCCAGCCCAAGGCCGCGCACAGGGUCCUGCGCUCCAUGGGCCCCAACUCUGACCGGUCGGGUGACAUGGCCGACGUGUUGAUGCGCAGCAUCAUGAUCUACACCAACUCGCCCAUGAGCAAAGUCCUUGAUCGCCUAGCUCCGGGAGCCGCCGAGUACGUGUACCCCAGGUGUGAAAGCUUCGUUGACCCCGAUAAGGGCGGCGUUCCCUUCCCCGGCACCACGGAGAUUACCGUGCGCGGGAUGAGCGCGUGGCAGUAUGAGGAUUUGCUGGAGCAGUGGAUGAAGUGGCCGUUUAAGCCCAGACUGGAGGACCUGAUCAGUCAGUUGUCGGAUGAGUAUAAGGAUGCGGAGGAGGACGGGGGCAAGUUUGGGGGUGUUAGUCCCGAGUUUUAG